ACACACACACACACACACACACAUUGUAGAUAGCUGGUGAGCUAACACAAAUCUGUCAUUUCAAUAUAGCCAGUGUCACUCAAAAUGAGCGAAAACGACAAAGGCUACGGCGGACGGGUACGUAUGAGCUUUGUGAAUGCUUUCAUCGUACAGUUUUUGUUUUUUAUGGAUUUAAUGAUAAAUAAACGAUUCGUUUGUGUGGAAGUGAAAGUCGUAACGCUAGCAGCCAGUGUUAGCUAACGUUAGCUAGCUAGCUCAACUCUCUCAGGGGGAACACGCAUCCGGAAUUAUCAUUUAUUAUUAUUAUUAUUAUUAUUAUUAUUUAUGAUUUAUCAUAGCAUGCCGUUUUAAUUUUGAUCAGCUAAUGAGCUUAAGGCAGUGUUCAAUACACACUACGGUCUGCUAAUAGCCGCUAGCUGGCUAACGCUAGCUGACAAGUGUUAGCUAGGCCACAGGCCUCAAACACCGCGAUGUGAACUUCAAUCAAGCAGCUCCAAAUGUUCUUAAAACCAACCAGAACCUGUGAAUAAUGAUUAAUUCAUUCAUGUUUAUCGUUCACAUUAAGUAUGCAUCCAGUAUAAAGUCAGCGAUGUGGAUAUAUAGCGUUGUUAAAGCGGGCAGACGUGUUAAAACACCUUUAAUAAAUAUAUUUAUAUAUAUUAUUUAUUUACUGUGCAGACGGACUGUGUGCAGAAACCUGGUUAACUUAUAGGACUUAUCGUUUUCUGUGUCGACAUUAGCUUCAUUCUGCAGAAGAAAUUGAUUUAACGCAUUUUAAUUUUGUGAUUGUUUUAUGCAUUUUGAGACAGUAAACAAGAUCUCGAUUGAGUGAUGUGAAUUUACGUUUGCUAAAAUUAAUUAUUAGAAUAUUAUUAUUAGUAUUAUGAUUUCUCAUUUUGGGCGUGGUGACUUGUGUAACUCAAAACAACAUAAUGGUGUAUAAUAGUCAUUGUAGCCCUGUUUUAAUUUUUAAAACGAACGACCUCAAGAUUUCUGCUUAUUCAUCUGCAUUAACUUGCACAAAAAAACAUGUUUAUAUGUUUAAUAAAACAAUUUACUGUGGAUUAUAAACCCCAUAGACUUUAAUUACAUUUCUGUGUUUAGUCUCACAUGUCUUUGAAUUUUGGCUCUGGUCAGUGUUAAGCAGGGUUCACAGGCUCACUGGGAGUAAGGGGAAAUUAGAGAUUUGGUUUAGGACAAGUCUGAGGCCAGAUUAGUUUACAACAUACUAUGUAACUUAUUUUGUUUCUGUAUGUAUCUGAGGAGAUUGCUUGUUUUGUGUUAAAAUAAUAAGUUUUUUGUGACAAUUUACAGCUGAACAUGUUGUAAUUUAGUCUAUCACAAGUAUAUGGAGGCAGUUCUUCUGAACAAAUUAGAAUAUAACUGCACAUUAUAUUCAGUCAUUUUUAUAUAAUUAUGUGACCUACACCCUUGAUUUCUUUGGUUUUUGUUUAAUUAAAUGAACAAUACAAGACCACAAUGAGUAUAUGUUUAUGUGUGCCACUGUGUUUUGGUAUAUCUACAGCUUUGUGCUGAAGAUUGGCUCCCAAUGUUUCAUGUCUGCCUUAUCAGUGCUAAUGAUGCAAGUCAAUACAAAUGAGUGGCAGCAUCUUGAGGUCGUUUGGGGCUACUAGUCUAGAUUUAUUUAAUUUUGAGUUGGUAUCAUUCACAUUCAGUGGUAUGCACUUUUAUGCCUUAGAGGCCACUUUACAGAAAUUAUGUCAAUAGGAUCUAUUUAAGAAGGAACACAAUGAAUUAAAAAUGAAAAUAAUUAAUAUUUAAUUUCAUUAUUUUAUACCAUAUUGUGAAUAUGAAUGGUAGAAUAAUCCUGAUGCAGACAACCUUGUGUGUCUGACAUCGUACUUAAGUGUCCAAGAUACAUACAACCAGAAUGUAAAAUAUUAGAUGAAUGUGUGUUCAUAUGCUUUGGCAUCAUCUUUCUUUAUUAAUGUUUGCACUUAAGAUGCUUCAUAGACUUCUAACUGAAAGUGGCCCAUAGGACAUAACAGUGAAUGUAAAACCACUGAAAGUGAAAUAUUUAUACAACUAAUAUUAAAUAUUUGUAUUAUGUGGUCUUAAACAUUCCCAUGCAUGUCAUAAGAUCGUAAUAACACAUUAAAAGUUGAAUGAGGGUGCAGUUUUAAUUGCAGUCAUAUAUUCUUCAUCCUUUUCUUUUUCAUAAAGGUUAAGGUUGGACGAAGAAAAUACGGAAGAAGUCUCAUGUCUACUUUAUUUUCAAUAAUAUGAAGCUCAGAUGUGUGAAGCUGAAUUGUUGAAUGCAUGCUAAAACAUGAGGAGGGAAGAAGUAUGGGCAGUGUGUGAGAUGGGGGAAGUAAGAAGAAGUAAGACAAUUGAAGAAAGAAGAAUAAUGUGAAGUAAUGAAGUUACAGAAAUGAAGUUAAGGAAGUAAUCUGGAUAAGGUCACUGUGCUAAGUAAUUUUAUGGAGUCUCGCUCUGCAUCCAGGAGCGUGAGUCCACGGGGCUCAGGGAAGUCUGCAAGCCGCUCCCCGGCUCGCUCGCCUGCCCGUUCAAAAGAAGGGUCCCGCCACUCCCGCUCUAAGUCUCGAUCUCGGUCCAGGUCAAAGUCUGGGUCCCAUUCCCACCGUGGCUCACGCAGACACUAUAGCCGAUCUCGCUCCCGCUCAAGGUCCUAUCGCCGUCGAUCUCACAGUAGGUCCUACAGCGGAGAGCGCCGGCGCAGGAGCCAUAGCCGCUCACCAAUGUCCAACCGCCGCAGGCACAUCGGCAACCGUGCUAAUCCAGAUCCAAACUGUUGCCUGGGAGUGUUUGGCCUGAGCUUGUACACCACAGAGAGGGAUCUGAGGGAAGUCUUCUCUAAAUAUGGCCCCCUGGCAGAUGUCUCUAUUGUGUAUGACCAGCAGUCAAGGCGCUCCAGGGGCUUCGCUUUUGUUUACUUCGAGAACAAAGAUGACGCUAAAGAGGCCAAGGAACGAGCCAAUGGCAUGGAGCUGGAUGGUCGUAGGAUCAGGGUGGACUUCUCCAUUACAAAAAGACCUCACACCCCAACCCCUGGAAUCUACAUGGGCCGACCCACAUAUGGUGGAGGUGGUCCAAGUGGUCCUCGACGCUACUCACGUGACUAUGACCGUGGAUAUGACCGCGGAUACGACAGAGGCGGCUAUGAUCGCUAUGACGACAGGGACUACUACAGAUCAUACAGAAGGCGAUCUCCUUCACCAUACUACAGAGGGGCUUACAGGUCUAGGUCCAGAUCACGGUCUUACUCUCCCCGUCGCUAUUGAGUGUUUCUGUCAAGCCCCUCCUCUUCCCAAGCACAGACAGGAAAUGUUUCUGAGUGGUAUGAUUGAUUUCAGAAUAGAUCUUCUUUCUUCUGUUUGCUAUUGUACAUUAGCAGUAAAUGUAUACUAAAAUCAGUUGUGAAGCAGUGUCAUUUGACAUGAAUCAAGCUGCCCCCCCCUCCUUAAUUUUAAAUGUACAGGCUACAUCUGCCGUAAAUUAUAUAUUAAUGUUUUGAUUUUUUUUUUUGUAUACAAAUUGAGUGAAAAUUAAUCUUUGAACAGAUUAAAAGGGAGAUGCACUUUUUCAUUUUGACUCAUGUCCUUCCUUACAGACAAGGGUGUAUUAAAGCCUUUAUCUUA